UCUCCAUCUGUCGUAAACCCUGAGACGAGGCUUAAGCUUCUCCUUCUUCCUCAAAUCUACCGAGUUCACCCGGAGGCGACACCUGAGUUCUAACUCGCUCCCUUCCAGAUUAAGCCAUGCAAGCAGUAUCAAAUUCUCGCCGAGUCUCUCGGCUCUUACAGUCUCCGAUUUUCCUUUCAUUUCAUCUUCGAAGCACCGAACAACCGUUUCUCUCAGGGCUCGCACAACGCAAUUACAGUCCCGGAGUUGAUAAUGUUGAAGAAACUCCAACAGAAGCUGUGAAGGAUCUUUAUGAUAAAAUGCUUCAGUCUGUAAAUGUUAAACGAUCCAUGCCUCCAAAUGCUUGGCUAUGGUCGAUGAUUGAGAAUUGUAAACACCGUCACGAUAUUAGUCUUCUCUUUGACGUUUUGCAGAACCUCCGCAGAUUCAGGUUGUCGAAUCUUCGCAUACAUGAUGAUUUUAACUGCAGUCUCUGCCGGGAAGUUACGAAAGCAUGUGUUCAUGCCGGAGCCCUUGAUUUUGGAAAGAAGGCUCUGUGGAAGCAUAAUGUCUAUGGAUUGGCGCCAAGUGUUGCAUCGGCACACCAUAUAUUGACGUAUGCUAAGAAUCACAAUGAUACUAAUCUAUUGGUGGAAGUAAUGAAACUUUUGAAGAGGAAUGAUUUACCAUUGCAACCGGGCACGGCAGAUAUAGUUUUUAGCAUUUGUUACAAUACAGAUGAAUGGGAGUUGAUUAAUAAGUACGCGAAAAGGUUUGUUAAGGCUGGUGUAAAACUACGACAAACCUCAUUUGAAACAUGGAUGGGAUUUGCUGCCAAAAGAGGUGCUCAUACUUGAUGUCUUUUGUCUGCCUA